GACAAUCUAGCAGACACGUGCACUGAGGCAAGCACUCAUCUCAGUCUCGUCUUGACACCUCAGACAGAGAGAUGGCCGCGGACCUCAAGGAGUUCGUGCACAACGCUGUCGAGACAAACUCUCAGGCUCUGCGGGUACUGAGUCGCUUUGUGUGGGAGCAUCCGGAGCUCGCAUUUAAAGAGGUGCAAUGCCACGACUGGCUCACGGACUUUCUGGAACGACGUGGCUUCACGGUGACCCGUCGCUACCUGCUGGACACGGCCUUCAGGGCGGAGUUCGACGCUCCAGGAGGGCCAGAAGGUCCCUGCGUGGCCUUCCUGUGCGAGUACGAUGCCCUUCCCGAUAUAGGCCACGCUUGCGGACACAACCUGAUCGCCGAGUCGUCCGUGGGCGCAGCUCUGGCUGUGGUUGAGGCCAUGAAGAACCACAAGGACAUUCGCGGGAAAGUGGUAGUACUGGGCACGCCGGCUGAGGAAAGCCGCUGCGGCAAGGAGCUGCUGAUACGAAAGGGCGCCCUAAGUGGACUCGACGCUGCAAUCAUGGCACACCCUGCGCCAUUUGACGUCGUGGCUAUCGGCUUCGCUGCGACGCAGCAGCUGAUAGUCCGCUUCAAAGGCAAAUCAGCUCAUGCCGGUGCGUCGCCGUGGGAAGGGCUGAACGCCCUGGAUGCUGCCGUCGCCGCAUACGUCAACGUCAGCGUCCUCAGACAGCAACUGAAGCCAACCGCUAGGAUCCACGGUGUGAUCACCGAAGGCGGCAAAUACCCGAACGUGAUCCCCGAAGUGACAGAGAUGUCCUUCAAUGUCCGGGCUCUGAACUCCGAGGAACUGAUCGAGCUCCGGCGGAGAGUCGAGGCCUGCUUCCGAGCGGCCGCGGAAGCCACGGGCUGCUCCCUAGACUUGGAAAGGAAGACCUCGUACAUGAACGUCGUGCACAACGCCGCCAUCGCGGAGACCUACCGGAAGCACGGCCAUGCCUUCGGCAUGUCCUUCCUGGACGACGAGGAAAAGAACCUGACGCCCCUGGGAGGUGCCACUGACUGCGGCAACGUGUCGUACCGGGUGCCAGCCAUCCAUCCGAUGUUCCGCAUCCGCGUCGAGAAGGGUUCGGCCAACCACACGCGAGGUUUCGCAGCCGCAGCUAACGCCUCGGACUCCCAGCCGCCCACGUUGAUGGUGGCCAAGGUGAUGGCGCUGACGGCGCUCGAUCUGCUCAGGGACACCGAGCUACUGGAUGAAGCCAAGCGGGAGUUUGAAGCUCUGAAGCUGCCGCCGGAAGAAGAGCUACAAGCCGCGCUGUAAUGAACUGAGACACGACACUCGUUAAAGGGGCCCUGCACCACACUCACCCGUAAUUAUGAAGUGACGUCACUGCCGAAGUUUAUGGCCUCACGAAUCGACUGCCGCAAAAAGUUUUUAGAAUACGUCCAGUACGAGCGCAGUUAGGGGAUUUGUCGAACGCUCUGAGAGCUUUCUCUCUCCUUACGUCCCAGCGUGGGCGCUGAAAGUUACGCAGGGGAGGGUAGGGAGAUGAAAGGGAACACUUUCUCUUCCUGUUUUCUUUGAACUCACGCGCAGCCAACGUAUAAACGUUCCGCGCCGCUCACUUACACGCGCCGCGACGUGCUGCGACGCGGGCACGUCGCGCCACAACGCGGCAGCCUCGGUAACUAUGCAGCUCACUAUGUUCAAAUCGGAUAAUAGCCGUGUCUUUUUGGGUAUGUGGCGCAGUUGAUUUGGAUAUAUCGCAUCACUUGUCGAGAGAAGAGCCGUCUCUAGCUGAUCUUGAGAUUUAAUUGCAAAUUCCAUGCUGCGUGCUGUACUAUUACAUUCGCCUCACAUGCUCACAGGAGCCUCGACUACCGAUCGGCAGCGUUUUGUGACCGUCUUCAAAAAGCGUUGCAGGGCCCCUUUAAAGGAUCACUGAAGUGUAGCAAUGAAUAAAUUUAGACUGAUAAGCUAAUGUCUGGAAAUGUUAUUGGCGUUGAUUUCACCAUCACAUAUGUU